AUGACGCCAACAUCGGCCGAUGAAAAUAAUGCAGCUAGCAGACGAGCCAAGAAGAGAGAGCUGGACCGUCGAGCUCAGCGAGCCGCUCGUGAGCGCAACCGGAACCGGAUUGCUCAUCUGGAAGAGACAAUUGAUGCCAUGAAAGCGCAUGACUCUACUAACAAGGCUGCUGAUUUGAUGGAUCAACUGGCCCAAGUCAAGUUGGAACGAGAUCGAUUGGCUGAGACACUGCAGUCUAUUAGCGAUUUGGCUGGACGUCAUGCGCUUCCAAAGGCAGCGGAACCUGCUCAUCUCGGAGGUAGUCAGAGUGGCCAGCACGCUCUGGGAGGAGUAAGAGCCGCUUCGCCCAUACCAUCAACGGAAUCUUUUGUGGAAGGCCUUGCGAUAGAGUCAAAUUUGGAUCUUCAAUCGAUCGCCAGCCCUCUGCCGGGUGCUGGCCAGUCUGGGACUCAGCCUGUUGUCGAAGCAAACGACCAACUUGACUUGGAUUCUGAGACCCUGCCCAUAUUCUCUGUAUCGGACGGCCUCAUCCUACCGGAGCCCUUGGGGGUCUGCGAUUGUAUUCUGCCCCCGGCACCCGUCGGCGUCACUGGUUCGUCUGCCGCAGCCGAUUCGAGCAUUUGGAAGAGUGCCAAUCAAAUUCUCGGUCUCAGCCCUUCCUUGACACAGAGCACGCUUCGGAUAGAGGAUAAGACAUCCGAAGACUUGCCCGUCCGCGCCAUCCUGCGGGGAUGGAAUUCGUUCGAUAGCGGAGACUUACCACCCUUGUGGCAAAUGCUGCGGCAAACUGAUACCCUCCAAUUCCGAGGAUGUCGAGAUGUGGAAAGACUGGCAAUCAUGGUUAUGAUGCAUCGUAUUCUCCGGUGUCAAGCUGAUCCUUCCAACGAACGGUGGAAAAAACUUCCGCCGUGGCUGCAAGGCAGGCCAUCUCAAAUGCUGCCGCACUCCCCGGCCGUUGAUUUCUUCGUAUGGCCCGGAGUACGAGAACGCUUUGUCUUUUUCCAGCACCGUUACUGCUCAAAUACCUUCUGGAAGGUUUUUGCAGAAUCCUUCCGAUUAUUGUGGCCCUUCGAAUUCCGAGAUUGCUAUCAGAGAAACGUCAUGACCGGAGCAUAUUCUUUGUCACCUGCAUUCGAGAGCCGCCUGUAUGAUAUCAACUGCUGGGCGAUGACGACUGAUUUCUUUUACCACUUUCCAGACUUCCGCUCCGAUAUACCAUGCUCGCAGCAUAUCACGAGCCUUCAGUUCCGACACCAGUCUGAAAGCGAAGACGUGGGACAGCAGAGUAACAACUCUCUGUCAUACCACCUCGACACCAUGUUUUAG